CCGAAAUACCUUCGUUCGGACAUUAAUGCCCGGACGGAGCAUUGUUUUCUAACACUAAACUCCAAGUCUCCAACUACCUCCACCGCUUCCGAACCCAACUCGCCCGCUCCGACUCAGCCGGCAACCCCGAGUUCGCCCCUCCGAUCCGGCGCCGCUCAUGGCGUCGCCUCCUGCUCCCGCCGCACUCCUCCUCCUCCUCCUCGUCUCCUCCUUCCUCAUCUCCCUCCUCGUCGUCCCGUCGCAGUCUCGCUCCCAGCCCGCCGGCGACGCCUUCACGUCGAUCCUCAUAUCCCAGAACGGCCUCGAUUUCGUCAAGGACCUGCUCGUCACCAAGGCGAUCGCCUCCGCGGUCCCGCUCCGCCUGCCGGACAUCGAGAAAUCCCAGAAGAUACCCUUCGUCGGCAAUGUCGAGAUGGUCCUCUCCGACAUCACGAUUUACGAAAUCGGCGUCUCCAGCUCGCACCUCCGGCCCGGGGACUCCGGCGUCGCCCUCGUCGCGUCGGGGACGACCUGUAAUCUGAGCAUGAACUGGUUCUACUCGUACAAGAACACUUGGCUCGUGCCGGUCGAGGUUUCCGACAAGGGAGGCGCUUCCGUUCAGGUUGAAGGCAUGGAAGUGGGGCUAACUGUAGGCUUGGAGAACCAGGAAGGUACCCUUAAGCUCUCUCUAAUGAACUCCGGUUGUCAUGUUCAAGAUAUAUCGAUAAAGUUGGAUGGAGGUGCAGCUUGGCUUUAUCAAGGAAUGGUCGAUGCAUUUGGAGCACAAAUUGCCUCAGCAGUGGAAAAUGCUAUAACAAAAAAGCUCAAAGAAGGGAUAUCAAAACUUGAUUCCCUUCUCCAAUCUCUCCCAAAAGAAGUUCAUGUGGAUCAUAAUGCCUCUCUUAAUGUUACAUUUGUGAAUGAUCCUCAAUUGAGUAGUUCUUCAAUUGGAUUUGAGAUCAAUGGUUUAUUCAUGGGACGACAGAACGAGAUACUUCCCAACUUAUACUACCACAGAAAUCAACACCUUUCAGUUCUCUGUAGAGAUCCAGCCAAAAUGCUUGGGAUUACAUUAGACGAGGCUGUGUUCAACUCUGCAUCAUCCUUGUAUUAUGAUGCAAAGUUUAUGCAUUGGACUGUGGAUAAAGUGCCGGAUCAAUCUCUUCUGAAUACUGCUGAAUGGAGAUUUCUUAUUCCCCAAUUGUAUAAAAAAUAUCCAAAUGAUGAUAUGGACCUGAAUAUAUCAUUGUCUUCUCCUCCAGAGAUCAGGAUAUCAGAGAACAAUAUAGAUGCUACUGUAUAUGCAGACCUGAUAAUUGAUGUUCUGGAAGCAGGCGAAGUAAUACCAGUAGCAUGCAUCUCAUUGGUGAUGCGCGGUUCCGGUUCAGUUAAAAUCUUACAGAACAAUCUUGCUGGAAGUGUGAAAUUGAAUGAUUUUGCAAUGUCACUGAAGUGGAGUAACAUUGGUAAUCUGCGAAUUUAUCUUAUUCAGCCAGUAAUAUGGACAGUUAUUGAAACCGUGUUCUUGCCAUACGUGAACGCACACCUUGCCAAAGGAUUUCCAUUGCCAAUAAUCCACGGUUUCACCCUUCAGGAUGCUGAUAUAGUCUGCUCUGCUUCAACAAUCACCGUUUGCAGCGACGUGUCCUAUGCUGAGGCGGGAAACUUGAAGAACCUAUCGAUGCGCUUCCUGUGAUUACUGUUCUCAGAUGCCAGUGAGAGAGACCCGUGCUGGCCUACAAUUUGUACAGUGUUGUAGGAUACACACAGAGAGCAGGGCAUGGUGCCGACUUCAGCAGUCAUGAUCCGCCAAGCUGGGGAAGGAAAAUUGCUUUUAAGUGUUUCUUCGAAGAAGGUGCUGAAUGUGAGUGUCUGUCAUAAGCUGCGGUUUGAAGUAAGUUCAAAUGUGCCACUUUGCCACGGCCAUGGCACAAUUCAGUCUGUGGGAUCGAAACCUGCACGGGAUCAUCCUUGGCAAUUGCUCUCGCUGUGUUAAUCGGUUUCAACAAGGGACUGGAGUCAUGACCGUCACCAUCCAUUGGACUCACUGUAUAGGUUGCAGAUAAUAUGUAACGAUGAACAUGGAAAACACACUGGCUUUUGCUUACAUGAAUCGUUUGCCGUUGAUUUAGCCUUCUCA